UAUAGCAAGUCGGUGCUGCGAGAGAGUGUCGUUACGAUACAAGAUAUUAAAUACGUUGUAUCAUUGUAGGCUUGCACUCGCAGCGCAGCAGACGGACGUUGCCGAGUGCGUUCGUAUCGAACGAUUUUGAAAAAAAGUUUCAUUUCUAUUUUUAUUGUCUUUCGCCGCUUGUAACGGAAAGAAUAGAAUCAGCCAAAUAUACCUCGUGCCCGGGCGUGUGUGAGUUCGUGUAUCAUCGUCGACUCCCAUCUACGAAUUAUUAUAUAUUCGCGCCUCUGCGUGUGGGUUAAUCGUCGAUUCAAAAUCAGCGAUUACAUAGAGCGAAUAUAUAAUAUAUGUAUAAUAAUAUAAACACAUACAAAUGUGUUUUACAUCUGCGGUGCGACUAGAAGGGGAAACAUCGUGAGAGAUAAUACCAAGUUCGCGAUCUGUGCGUGUUGUACACUGCCUGCCGAGUUGACUCGCUCGAGUCGUGCGUGAGCUGCUGCUACUGCCGCGUGUGUAGCUGCGACCACACACCAGUUGAUUUGUUUACGUUUCGUAUAUAUAUAACGCGCCUGCGAGCAAACAAUGACCAUGAAAAUACAGGUGAUCUAUCAGAACGAGAAGGCGGACUUUUGCCCGAACGAGGAUGGAUACUUGACAUUGAAAGCGCUGCGGGAACGUUUUCCCAAGACCGACGGCUUGUCGUUCAAAAAUUCCGAGGGCAAGAGGAUCAUACUGACCCCCUGCGACGAGCGCAUCAAAAUAAAUCAGAGCGUCGACGUGUACGACGUGCAUACGGAAAUACAUCUGGGUGACGACGAUGAUUACGUUCCUGCGGUGAAGAAAUCGAAAAGCGUCGAUAAGGAUGAGAUCUGCAUUAUCGAGGCCAAGAACGGCAAUGGUAACGUUACCGACAAAGAGGAUGAUCAUUCGAAAAGCGUAGAUGAUAAGUCGGUCGAGUCUCACGAUGUUGAAAUGAAAAGCGAAGUUGACGAAGUGAGAGAUGAUAAGAAAAGCGACGAUGCCCAAGAAAAAGAAGACUCGUCCGAUGAUAAAAUGGAUGAGGAUAUCACUGCUGUAGAUAGUAAACCAGAAAUCGAAGAAUCAAAGCCAAUUGAUUCAUCUGAGAGCCAAUUGGCCGAUAAAACUGACGAUGUUGCUAAAAGCGAGCAAGAGCAGCUCGUGACCGACGAAAAAUCCGCGGAUAAAUCUGCUCCAAUUGUAGAAAUUAAGAAAGAUGAGACUCAUGAUGAUGUGCCUCUAGAAAAAGAAAUAAAUUUUGAAACCGAGUCGGAAUCGAAAAUCGAUACCAAUUUGACUGAUUCACAAGUAAAAAGUGAAGACGAUCCGACGACUAAUGAGCAGAUUCAAGUAGAUUCAAAAUCUACCACGAUCUCAGAGAGUGACAAGGAUACAGUCAAUUCUGAAGUUGAAAAAGAAAUAGUAAAUUCAGAAGAAUGUAAAACAAAAGAUGAAGCUAUCGAUUCCACUGCUUGUCAGGAACAGGAAAAUAAAGAAGUCGCAGAAUCUAGAACCACUGACAUUGACAAUGAAGAAUCCGUCCAAGCCGAAAAAGAAUCCACUUGCGAGGAUAUCGCUGUCAAACAUGAAUCUGUUCCUAUUCUACAAACCCCAAUGAAAGAAUCGCCAAACUCUGAAAGUGCUGAAACAAUCGAGUCAGACGUUUCUCUGACUAAAAAAGAUACAGUUCCUGUAGUAGAAGAAUUAAAAUGCGAUAAGACUAACUCCGUAACUGAAGAAAAAAAACUUGUAGUAUCUUCGGAAGCUGAAAAAACUGAAACUGUCCAAUCAGCUGUAAGUGAAGCAGAUGAGGCUGUAAUUUCGACAGAAAAACUUGAAUGCAGUAAAACUGACUCCAAGCUUGAAUCAGAUGAAGCCCAACUCGACGAUAGCAAAAUGGAAGUAUUUUCAGAAACUGAAAAACCCGAAACGGUCCAAUCAGCUAUUAGCGAAACCGAUGAAGCGGCAGUUUCUGAUGAAAAAAUGGAAGUAUCUUCAGAAACUGAUAAACCCGAAACGGUCCAAUCAGCUAUUAGCGAAACCGACGAAGCGGCAGUUUCUGAUGAAAAAAUGGAAGUAUCUUCAGAAAUCGUCGAACCAGUAACUAGCGAGGCUAAGAAAGAUGCAGUUGAAGAAGACAGUAAAGAAGACGAGGAAGAUCCCAAAGACGUCUCAACUCGCGAUGCAACUGAGCAAAAGACCAAAUUCAGUCCAACUCCUAGUCCUGCAGCCAUCGAAACUGAAUCAAACGUCACCAAUUCAUCCGAAAGUUCGGAUAACAAAACCGAGUCAGUCUCGCGCCCUAAAAUUGGCUCGUGUCGUCAAAAUUCAGCAGACCACAAGUGCGUGCCUAAGAUAGAAAACGGCAUCGUGGUGAUGAAGUGUUCGGAGGAGUGCCACACCGAGGCUAUGGUUGAGACUAAAGUAGGUCUGGUGUACGAAUCAGUUACGAGCGAGUUUAAGCUCAAAUCGAGCGCAAAGAAGGAAGAGGCGAGCGACGACUCGGUCGAGUCGGAGAAAUCAAGCGGAGACGACGAGAAAGAUAAAGAUAACGAAACCGAAGAAAGCGAGUCAUCAGAUGACAGUUCUGAUGAAGACAAACCCAAUUCUCCGCCUCGGAAGCCUCGGAGGAUGUGUGGAACCUUAGUUUACAAAUACCCUCCGUCUCGGAGGCCUCGGAGGAGGUGUGGAUACAUAUCUUACAGAUACAAGUCUCCAAGCGACGAUCUCGACGAAAGUGUAUCCACCGUGACGAGCGAGAUGAGCCAAUCCACGUCUCCGCCUCAAAGUCCUCGGAGGAGGUGUGGAUACAUAUCUGACAAAUACAAGUCUCCAAGUGACAAUCUCGACGUAAGUGUAUCCACCGUGACGAGCGAGAUGAGCCAAUCCACGGACGAGGGCAACGUUGAUAAUUCCGAAUCGAAAAAAGGAAGCCCCGCUACUCCGAAACAAACAAGAGGCCGUCAAAGCCGAAGCGCCUCGAAGACGCCCAAACUCUUGACGAAAGUCUUGCGCGUCGGCUGGCUGAACCGAGCCACACCCAACGACAAGUACGAGCCGAUGGAGAAGCCUCUGGGCAACUGUCAGAAGCUGAAACUUAUCGAGAACAAGAUCUACGGGGCGCUCGACAUCAAGCAGAUGGCCGUGAAAAAGUUCACCGGCAGGAAGAAUUUCGACCUCGAGGAGCUGUACCACGUGCAGCUCGGCCACGUAGGCAGCGGCGACGAGGAGACGCAGAUAAUCGACGAGUUCGCCAAGCCCGACGGCUCGAUAUGCGACAUCUGGGGCUACUGUCGCGCCAACAACACCACCCCGUACAAGCUCAAGCUGUCGCUGCUCACGACGGCCAAGAAUCCGAACAGGACGAUAGUCGCGACGCCGGCCAGGUCGAGGAGCGUCAGGCGCAUAUGCAGCGCGCCCACGAGGCCCGUGCUCCAGGACAACGUGCGCAUCUACUACGAGUACCAGAGGACGUCCAAGUACACCAACGACAGGUCCGUCACGGAGAUGGAGAUCGACGAGCUGCUGGUGAGGGUGCGCGAGGACAAUCACGGCGAGGGGCCCGAGAUCAUCGACAAUUUCGAUCCGCUGAAUUACGGCUACACGAUCUCGCGCCUCGAGGUCGACGGCAAGCAGCUGCUCCACGUCACCACGGAGGACGACGGCCGCCUCAGCUACGAGUACCACGAGAGCGUCGUCGAUCCUGAACCCCAUUCGAUCCUCUUCGACACGGACGUGGUGAGCGGCGCGUGCCGCGGCCAAUACGGCGUGGGCGUCGUGCUGAGCUGCACCCACCGAUGCUCGCCCGUGAUCACCUGGUACAAGGACGACGCGAUGAUCAAGGAGGCCGAGCAGAUGUACUGGAUCAGGGACGUGUACGACUGGCUGGACGACGAGACCCACGUCUGGCACUGCACCAUCAAGUGCAAGGAGAUGAAGAAGCCGCUGAGGUCGAAGAACGCCAUGAUCAACGAGAAAACGGUCACUCAGAGGAGCAGCAGAGUUUGUGUUUGAGAAAGAGAGAGAGAGACGUGCAAUGUAUAGUAGGGGAUCGAUGUGCACAUAUUAAUAAUAAUUAUACAUCUUUUGUUAAAAAAUUGUAUAAAGAAAAAGAUAUUAUGUAAAAAUACUGUAAAAAUGACUGUAUUAUAAAAUAAUUCCAUACGAGAGAGGUAUCGCGUGCGAUUCGUAAACUAUAUACUAAGAAAAGUAUCUUGCAUAAUAUUAAAAUUAUUUUGUAUUAAAAAAUAACUUGAAAA